AUGAAUUUGAAUCAUUUUUUGAUUUUCGCGUUAAUCGUCGUUCAUGUAAAUGGAGAGCCGUUUAGUUUGAUCGCAGGAACAUUAGUCACCAUCGGCACCGGCGUGUUUUAUAGUUUCAAAGAUCGAAUCAAAUGCACACUAUAUGAAUGUUGUCAAGAGCCAGAUGUGUUUUUCAAUCCAUACACACUUUCACGGGAUCUCGACAAACAUGUCUUCGGGCAACAUCUCGUCAAAGAUAUUGUUGUGAACGCGUUGAAAUCGCAUUUUCUUAAUGAGAACCCGAAAAAACCGCUAGUUUUAUCGUUUCACGGAUAUACAGGUUGCGGCAAGAAUUAUGUCGCCGAAAUAAUUGCCAACAACACUUAUAAGAAGGGUUUUCAAAGCUCAUUUGUGCACCACAUUGUCGCUACCUCCGAUUUUCCGGACAAAUCACAAAUGGAGAAGUACAAAUCGGAAUUGAGAAAUGAAAUUUUGAACGGGGUGAAAAAGUGCCAACGAUCGUUGUUCAUUUUUGACGAGGCCGACAAACUCGCGCCAGAAUUACUCGCUUCAAUCAAACCAUAUUUGGAAUAUUACGGUCAGGUGUCGAAUGUUGACAUCCGAAAAAGUGUGUUCAUAUUUCUAAGCAACAAAGGCGGCAACGAUAUCGCCGAAAUUACAUUGCACCAAUAUAACAAUGGCUAUCCGAGAGAAGAAUUGAAGCUUGAGAACUUUGAACGAGUGCUCAUGUCUUCCACCUACAACGAAGACGGCGGAUUGCAUAUGAGCGAGCUGAUCUCGAAUCAUCUCAUUGAUCACUUUCUGCCCUUCCUUCCCCUUCAGAAGGAGCAUGUUCGCAAGUGCAUCGAGUCUCAUUUAAGGAAGCGCGGAAGGUCGGACUUGCUCGCCGACGCGGAUUUGAUCGAUCGGGUGUUGAGCUCGCUACAGUACUUCCCAAAUGAUACGAAGGCGUUCUCAUCGUCGGGUUGCAAAAGGGUCGACGCGAAGACGGAUCUCGAAAUUAUCAAAAUUCGAUCAAUUGUUGGAUUCAACGACGAGCUUUAA